CCAUUGACCAGGCAUCCCUUCCGGUAGAUGAGGUCAACUUUUCCCUAGAUCCGCCAUUUCAGUCACGGAGUUUCUUGUUGCACAUUAGUUUAGAUUUUUUUUUUUUUUUUUUGGUGGUCAUUUUAACGCUUAAUUUGUUGACUGUUUUGGUUUUGUGGUGUAACAGAAGUUCCGUCAACUUAAACGACUUGAUAUUACUCGUGGAAGUUGCUAAAAUUGCGGUAUUAUACACCGUUUUUUUUUUCAGGGACAGCGUUAGUCAAUCAAAGUUUUUGUAUGAGUUGCGGAUAGGGAGAGGCUAAGGGGAAAGGCCUCAAGCCUCGGACAGAUUUCACAGCAAUGGCCGGUAAUUUUGAUGCCGAAGACCGUGCUAGCUGGUACUGGGGAAGGCUUAGCCGCCAGGAAGCAGUUUCUCUUUUACAGGGACAGAGACAUGGCGUUUUCCUGGCGAGGGACUCAAUUACCAGCCCUGGUGACUACGUGCUGUCCGUGUCAGAGAACUCCAAAGUGUCCCAUUAUAUAAUCAACAGCAUCAGUAACAACCGGCAAUCUGGCACAGGUUUGGCUCCUCCUCGUUUUCGGAUUGGGGAUCAGGAGUUUGAGGCGCUGCCGGCCCUGCUGGAGUUUUAUAAGAUCCAUUACCUGGACACCACCACGCUCAUAGAGCCCAUAAGCAAGGCCAAGCACACAGGAUUGAUCAGCUCCUCUGUUGGCGUCCCGCAGCAGCCAGAGGAGGCAGAGUUUGUACGGGCACUGUUUGACUUCCCUGGCAACGAUGAGGAGGACCUCCCCUUCCGCAAGGGUGACAUCCUGCGUGUGCUGGAGAAGCCAGAGGAGCAGUGGUGGAACGCUGCUAACCAGGACGGCCGAGCCGGAAUGAUCCCUGUGCCGUACGUGGAGAAGUACCGGCCUGCCUCGCCCACUGCUGCUGGCCUGGGUCCCCCUGGACAGGGGGGAACUGGACAGGGGGGGCAAGUUGGAGGGGUAGCGGGCAGCACAGACGGAACAGGGGCUCCCCAGGCCAACCCUCUCGGGGACCCAGGCCAGUAUGCCCAGCCUGUGGUCAAUGCCCAGCUCCCUAACCUACAGAAUGGGCCUGUCUAUGCCCGAGCCAUUCAGAAGAGGGUGCCCAACGCCUACGACAAGACAGCACUCGCUCUGGAGGUGGGCGACAUGGUAAAAGUGACCAAGAUCAACGUGAACGGCCAAUGGGAGGGUGAGUGCAAGGGCAAACGAGGCCACUUUCCCUUCACCCACGUUCGACUGUUGGAACAGCACCAUCCUGAUGACGAGAGCUGAGAAACACACGCACUCCCAUCACCUCGACAGUGUCCAGCACAUCCCUUCUCUUUUGGUCAUUUUGUCAUGCUCGGAAAGAAAAAGAUUUAUAUAAGCACACAGUAUAUGAACCUAUGAGCUAAACUGGUCGGGCACCCCUGACCCUGCCAAUGCAAGAUGUGUUGGGUGAUCUUACCUAAUUUCAUUUUAAAGAGUUUACACUAAGGUCAGUCUGAUAUCGGUUCGCCUAUAUUAGCUUUUUUUAAAGUCAGCAUUGCACACUGCAACUGUACUGUUGGCUUCCUCCUUGACUACAGCCUCAUAAAAAUUCUGUGAAACAUGCAAUUAAAUAUGUCUUGUAUUCAGAUAGACAGCAGCAUUUAUUGUCUUAAUAUUUAUUAAUGUUAAAUUUUAAAGGAACACACUAGUAACCACACAGUAACUAUCCCACAGUAAUGUUAUAGCACAAGACACCUAUUUUUCAUCCUGUCUCUUCCUAUUAGGCAUUAUUUAUGACACACAAAGUCCAGUUGCAGCCUCGACUAAUAAUGCUUAUUACCAUUUAUUUCGUCAUGAGCUCUUUGUGGCACCAAAUAAGAUACACAUAAGGUUUCAGUAAAGUGCUGCAUGACUUGCUGUUAGUCACUGAAAUUUGAUUUCCCUUCUUAGGUCCAUGUAGUGCCAAUGAUGCAGAAUGACAGUUACCAAAACUGUCCAAUCAAUAAGUUACCUGUCAGUCCAUAUCACUUUAUGUUGACAGCUUUUUGCUCUUUGUAAUAAGUCAGUGUGAAUGGGAAAUGAACCAGCAUCAGAAUGCAACAAUGUUUACGUUUUUUCUUUUGGUCCAGACUGAAUGAACCAAACUACAGGUGUGAAUGUGACCUUUCCUAACGCAGUUAAGCGUUGGAGCUAUUUCUUCAUCAACACCUAGUGGAUGCAGUGACCACACACAACAUCUCAAUAGAAGCUGCUAACCCUGAAAUAAUCAGUUUUGAAUGGAACAAAAGACUAUGGGAGACAUACAGUGGAAAAGGAAUGAAAAUUCAAUUCAUGUUUAAAUAUUGGAAAAAUGUCUGUUUCAGACAGUUUCAAUCCAAAAUUGUCAAUAUUAGGCGGCAAUAACCGAUAUCAGUCAAACCCUAGUUUACACACCUCUAGCCCAGUAUCAAGUCUGCACUACAAAUGCACAGCAGAGUCGACCUACUCUUCCCUUCCUGUGUUAUUUGUGUAUCCCCACCCACUACAUUUCCUUCAUACACAGAAGGGGAAAAAAUCGAUUGCACACAGGAGACAAAACACUCUGCUUCUCUCACAGAAUCAUGAAUCAGUGAGUUUUUGUAAUGCUAGACUGUGAACCUCGGAGUGAAACGAGCAAAGACUUUUCCCGAUGACUCUGUCUUGUAGAGAAGGAUGGUCCUCCUCACAAAGACGAUUUCACCAACUUACUACAUCCCACACUACAAACCAAGUCCUCUUUUUGUUGUACUAAAAGUGGAAAAUAUUAUGAUAGAAUUGACUAUAUAUAUACACACCUUACAUGCUAAAUACUGUAAACAUUCUUUCCUUCCUUAUAUUUGAUUUUCUUUUACUUUUUGUUACCAGAGACUGUAUGCCUUAUUAUGUUCCUCUUUUAAAACACUAUUCAGCACCAACAUGACUGACUUCAAAUGCAGCAUCAAAAAUAAGCACCCUUUCAAGGAGGAAAGAGAUCCCCUGAAGCUGAGAGGUGAAAGAUUUAGGGGAUUUUAUUUUUCUCUUCUAGCAGGGUUUAUUUUUUAUUUUUUGACAUUUAUUGUCAUCCAGAAAUGCUUUUAUGAUAAAAUCCACCCCAAAACACUAAUUCUAUUGCAUUUUUUAUGUAUAACUGGUAAAACAAACAUUGUAAUUUCUUGUGCCAUUAAGAUGCCAUGAUUGACAUUUGCUGUAGGUGUAUUGUUCCUCAUUAGCUUUUUCCACAUUGAAUACACAUGCUAUUAUUACACAUAAAGCUUUUAUGAACACACAUAGGCCCACUGAGCAUUAUGUCAAUAUGAAAAUAAACCAUAAACUGGUCUAUUACUGUAGGAGUUUGGCUCUCCUUAGCUAAAUGUCAUUUUCCAAUAUCCUGUUUCAGAGCAAUCACUAACUUGGGAUGUCCUCCUUAACAUUAUCCCCGUUGUUACUCUGAGUAACCUUGUGAACACUAAUUAGGUGGCUUGCAAAUGGUUGUAAACAGCGAUGAGGCUGAUUUAACACUGUUACCAGUGACAAUAACACUGUUUUUUUUUAAGACAAAAAUCAUCCUGUGGUCAUAGUCUUAUUACUCAUGUAUUAUAGCAAACUAAGAUCGGGUUGUACCUUAUGCUCGUAUGUAUCAGCUUUCCCAUGAUACAUAAAUGCAAUGGAUGCUUCUUGAAUACGGGCAAUGUUAAACUAUAGUGGGAACAUGGUGAGUGAUAAACCCCAGCUGAGGAUCUGCAGAGUUACAUCCUCUCUACCUCAUGUCUGCUAUUGGAAAAGAUGAGGAGUGUUAGUAGGAACUUACUGUCCUGAAGCCUAAGCUUCGAUCAGUCAGUAUUGUUUUUGAUAUGUUAAAAUGAACAGCGCGUGACCAAUUGGUUUACAUAGUACUCACAUAAAUGCAUUUUAUCUUUGUGCUUUCCAAAUCAGAAGUUCAAUCAUGUCCUGGGGUCAGAUGUAUAAACAAUACCUAUGCGCAAAAAUCCUUCAUAUGUCACUUCUCCCACACUGUUUACAGUAUUAAUAAUGAAGACUGUAUGCUGAGACGGUGUACAUCUCGCAUAUACAUUAAAACAACAUAGGCAUGGUUUUCUUAAAGAAGCUGAGUAUGACAUGGUAAAGCAGAAAUGAAAAAUAAGCUGAGAGGUGGAAUCUAAUACGCUACUCGGUGUGAUGACUUUUGCUGGCUUAACACAAUGUAUCUAUAUUGCACUGUAGAUGCAAUCAAAGGCACAUUUAUUAAUAAUUCCUUUGCUGUAUGUUAGAGAAGUUUGCAAAUGCAACUGAUAUUUGGUGCAGUUGUGCUAUUCCGCUGUUCUUUCCAAUGCCGUGUCUUAAGACUGGUGGAGCAAAUAGAGGUGUUGGUUCGCUAAUGGUGCGUCUGUGUCCAGUUAGGCUAUAGCUAACUGGGAGUACAAAUCAGGCCUGUGAACGUGUGCACAAUUUCACAGCAAGAUGCAUAAAACAGAUGUAAAAGUGUGCAGAUGCAUUUGUAUGAACACAAAGUUUUUCUUUAACCGAUACAACAUUUUUAUGCAUCUGACCCCAGAUACCCUGAAAUGUAGUCUGAGUUUACAGUGUGUUUAUAAAUUGUGAAAUUUUCCCUCCAUUCCUUGUUAUUGCGACUCAAAUGUAAGGAAAUUAUUUUUUGUACGCUACAUUAAUGCCAUAUUUUUAUUACUGUGAUAUGUUUAUUAAGAAUUUUGAGCCACACCUGUGGGUCAUAUACAGCCUUGUAUAUAUUAAUAAACACAUGCAAUAGUCGUAAGUCCCCAUAUUCCACGUUUCUUUGUUAAGGUGAAAUAUUUGAGCUCAGCCAAAAUAUUGGAAUUAAGCACAUUCAGCAGUUAACGAGCUGAUUAAAGUCAGCUUUGUGUAACUACAUUAUUCACUGCUAGCACAGAGUGCCUCUGUAGAGCUUACAUGGGUAUAUAGGUGAUCAAUUAACACUAAAUGACCAAUAGUUAUGAAGUGUGCUGCUGCAAAUGUGGUGUGUUAGUGAUUUUGGGGAAGUAGAAUGCUUUUUAAAAAAAAUCUAAAAUCAGGUGUAAGAUGUAUCCCAAAACACCUCAUCAUGUCACAUAUUGUUUUAGGAUUUUUAAAUUAUCUAUUGUAUAAUUUGUAAUGACAAACUUACACAAAUCUAAACUGAAAAUACAAAAUGUGAUGUCAACUGUCAAGUGUAGUUUAUUUUUGUGCAUAAUUUUACAUCAGUUGGAUAUCAAAAAGAUGAUGUUUCAAUGGUGGUUGAUGCUUCUGCCACAUUUCCUUUCUUUGAAUGGAAAGAAGUGGUUGUGUUUCACAGACUGAUCUGUCCAUUUUGUAGUGGUACCACUUCUUUUUUUAAUCCUAUUUUUCUAUUUGUUGUGAUGCCUUUAUGCAAAGUGUUAAUCGGGUAUUGCAUUCAGAUGCAUGUCACUGAACUCCCACUAAUUGUUGCCUUUGAGAGAAAAUAUUCUCAUUUCAUAGUCAUGGCAAUAUUGUAACUCAGCUGUGCCACAGCAGUUAGUUGAAGACCAAUGAAUACUUAGAAAAGGUUUUUUGUUUUUUACCACUGAUGAUCCUACAAUGUGCACCUUAUCUCCUUUACAGCUCAAGAACAAACGCAUGCCUCUUUAACGCAAGUCGCUUCAUGCCAAAUAAUGUUUAAUUGUUCUUUUCACAUUCUUUUUUCACAAUGAUUAUAUAUUUUUACUUUUGUGCCAUCCCUCCCCCCUUGACUUUGAAGAGGACCGAACAAGCAAAAACAGGAUUUUUUUUAAAAGAGAUUGUACAAUUUCUCAAAGUGUUAUGAAUAUAUAUUAUUUGAAGUUAAAAUUUACCUUUUUUUAUUUUCUGUAGCAUGUAAUGUGUUAAUAUACCUAGUCAAUAAAAAUAAAAAUGUACCAAAUUGUCUGUUUGGGCUUUACA